GCGCUGCUCAAGACCCGCGUGAAAGACUUGACCGUCGUCAGCAGCAACGUGGGGGUGGACGACUUCGGGCUGGGGCUGCUCCUGGGGACCAAGCAGAUCACCCGCAUCAUCUGCUCUUACGUGGGAGAGAACGCGCUGUGCGAGCAGCAGUACCUGGCGGGCGAGCUGGAACUGGAGCUGACGCCCCAGGGCACCCUGGCCGAGCGAAUCCGCGCCGGUGGGGCCGGAGUGCCCGCCUUCUACACGCCCACGGCCUACGGGACCCUGGUGCAGGAAGGCGGCGCCCCCAUCAGGUACUUCCAGGACGGCCACAUCGCCAUCCUGAGCCAGCCGAGAGAGGUGAGGGAGUUUCGCGGGCACCACUACCUGCUGGAGCACGCCAUCACGGCGGACUUCGCUCUGGUGAAAGGGUGGAAGGCCGACCGCGCAGGAAACGUCAUCUUCAGGCGAAGCGCCCGGAAUUUCAACGUGCCCAUGUGCAAAGCUGCGGAAACCUCAGUGGUAGAAGUUGAAGAAAUCGUGGAUGUGGGGUCGUUUGCCCCAGAAGACAUCCAUGUUCCUAACAUUUAUGUAGAUCGCGUCAUACAGGGGGAAAAAUAUGAGAAAAGAAUUGAGCGUUUAACAGUCCGGAAGCAGGAAGAUGGAAAAGCCAAGUCUGCAGAAGAUAUACGGACACGAAUCAUCAAACGGGCAGCUCUUGAAUUUGAGGAUGGCAUGUAUGCCAAUUUGGGCAUAGGAAUCCCUCUUCUGGCCAGCAACUACAUCAGCCCGGAUAUAACUGUUCAUCUUCACAGUGAGAAUGGUGUCCUGGGCUUGGGUCCAUUUCCACUAAAACAUGAGGUGGAUGCAGAUCUCAUCAACGCUGGGAAGCAAACGGUCACCAUUUUCCCCGGGGGCUGUUUUUUCUCCAGUGAUGACUCGUUUGCCAUGAUCCGAGGAGGCCACAUCAACCUCACCAUGCUGGGAGCCAUGCAGGUUUCCAAAUACGGCGACCUGGCCAACUGGAUGAUCCCCGGAAAGAGGGUGAAAGGCAUGGGGGGUGCGAUGGAUUUGGUGUCCAGUACCAAGACCAGAGUGGUGGUCACCAUGGAGCACUGCACCAAGGCCAACGAACCCAAAAUCGUGGAGAAGUGCACGAUGCCCCUGACCGGGAAGCGGUGUGUGGACCGAAUCAUCACGGAGAAGGCCGUGUUUGACGUGCACGAGAAGAGAGGGCUGACGCUGACCGAGCUCUGGGAAGGCCUGACGGUGGAGGACAUCAAGAAGAGCACGGGGAGCACCUUUGCCGUCUCUCCCAAUCUCAGACCCAUGCAGCAGGUGGCAGCCUAACC